UGAACGCACCACUGCGGUAAAACAAAAAAAAACACUGACGUCAUCCGUUGAGAAAAAAAAAAACCCGAAGCAAGCCAAGACGGGCACCUCGCUGGACAGGCGAUGCACACCGUAACUCACCCGAACCGAGACGAACUGCGGCCGGGACGGACCGGACGGGCACACGGGACACGAAGUGACAGAUUCCCGGACGUUGACGCUGCAGGAUCUCUGGACAUGACCCUGGAGGAUGAACUGACAACGGCCGCAGCGACGGGAAACACGGCCGAGGUGACGACUCUCCUGCAGGAUGGGGCUUCUGUUAACGGGGCGAACCGCUUUGGACGAACCGCUUUACAGGUGAUGAUGAUGGGCAGCUCGCAGGUGGCUCAGGUUUUACUGAAGCACGGGGCGGACCCCAACGUGACGGACAGGAGCUCCGGGGCCACGCCGCUGCACGACGCCGCCCGGACGGGCUUUCUGGACACCGUGCGGCUGUUGGUUGAAUUCGGGGCCGACCCACGGGCCAGAGACUAUAGACAAUGUCAGCCGGUGGAUUUGGCCAGGGCGAAUAACGACGUCGAUGUGGUGAAUUUUCUGCAGUCUCUGUCGAAUGGUCAGUGACGAAAUGCUUUUCAUGUUCAGAGUGGGGACUCUGAGAGAAACGGGGCCCGAGGAGGCCUGCAGCCUAAAGGAUGCAACACUUUAUAUUUAUGAGUCAUAUUUUUAGCUGUCGUUUGGCGUCGUUAAUUUAUUCGUUAACGAAGGCAAGGUUGUCUCAAACAAUUGUGCAUCUUGCUUCAUCUUCCCCUGUAAAAAGCAAAUAAGACACUUUGCCUUUUUGCCAUUUCACUAAUGUUCAGUAAUUUGUAUUAUUUAAAAUACGGUCGAUUCUGGUUUUCUUCGUAAACCAUAUGAGAUUGCGCUGUUUUGAAUAUCUUUCCAUGUCAAAUAUUUAACGAAAGCCAUUCAAAUGUUUUGCUCAUUGAACAUUAGUAUCUAAUAGAUACAGUGUUCUGUAAACACUAUCGUUAUUGUGCAGAAAAAAAGUCGGACUUCCUGUUUGUACAAUUGAUAUUCAGAACUCGGUCGUUAUGCACUUUAAUUAAAUUAAAUAUUUAAUGUUUUAAUGUAUGCGCAGGAGAGACGCAUGCUUGACAUUGGAAAGUUCCAAGACAAAUCAAAUUUAAAAUGUUUUUAAAACAAGCGAAUAUUGUUUGAAUGCAGGUUAAAUGAAGAAGUUGUAACUAAACUAAUAAAGAAGUAGGUUGACACGCA